AGUCAGUAGACAGUGCUGGCACGGAAGAUCUGCACGGAAAAAAGAAGGCAGUUGUAUGACCAAAACAAAUCAAACUUGUUAUAAGUUUGUAUUACUGGGGAUCAUUGUGUCAGUCUGCUGGAGCUAAUGUAAUGCUGGAUUUACUAAGAGGUUCGAGGCGACGAGGAAUGGCUGGUGGACACUUUCGUAGCAACGUAUGGGACCCAGUGCUCAUCCUGGCCCAGAUCCUGUGCAUGCAGAGCUUUUUCUACACCUCACUCGGCCUGUGGAGUAGUGUGAUUGGCAGUGAUUUGUUUGGAGGCGUUGAUAGGUCUCUGGACCAAGUCUUCAAUAAUGCUAAUCUGGAUAUCCUGGAUAUUAUUGGUCGAACAGCCGUGAUAGCAUUUGCCCUCAAUUCAUUAACAUGUGCUGUGGGGAUGUGGUACAUAGUUCAAAGGACGAAGCAGUGCCUGGAUUUCGCCACAACCAUGUAUUUCAUUCACUUGGUGUCAUGUACAGUGUAUAUGGGAAGAGUCCCGCAGACUGUCUCUUGGUGGGUUGUGAACAUUUUGUGUUUGGCUCUGACCACUGUUUUUGCGGAAUUCCUCUGCAUGAGAACUGAAAUGAGGGCCAUCCCCCUGAACUCUGCACCCAGAGCGGACCUCUGAGAAAACUUCCCAGAGACCCUUACAGAUGUGAUCACGUUUCACCUUGUUCACCUUGUACAUUUGUCAUCAGAUGCGUUAGACAGUUUUCAUUCUGCUUUUUCAUUUUUCAGGUUGUCAUAGAAACUGCCGCGCUCAGGAUUCCUGCAUAAUAAGAGCCGAGUAGAUUUGCCCGCUCUCUCUCUCUCACUGCUUGUAGAGCCUUUAUGACGAUUAGCCUUUGACAAUGCUUGGUGGCUGAUUUCGCAGCCUUAAGACCACUGGCCUCCCACCAGUAUGGUGUGCAUACCACUACUUCACAUGUGCGAAAGCUCAUCAGUAACUUACCAAAGAAUAGUGGUUUAUGCUAGGCACUCUAUUUUUUUCCAACCUGGAAACUAACUGCCAUCUUAUCAGUGAAAAUUCUUGAUAAUGGCAUUAUUAAACGAACAGUCUGGGGCCUCCGUGGCUCAAUUGGUUAGCAUGUAGCGCAGCAUAAUGACCCAGAAGUCUCUCACCAAUGCGGUCGCUGUGAGUUCAAGUCCAGCUCAUGCUGGUAACCUCUUCGACUGUACACGGGAAGGUAUGCCAGCAACCUGCGGAUGGUCAUGGGUUUCCCCUGGGCUCUGCCAGGUUUCCACCCACCAUAAUGCUGGCCGCCAUCGAAUAAGUGAAAUAUUCUUGAGAACAGCGUAAAACGCCGCAAAUAAAUAAAUAAUAAGCACAGGCAGCCUGACAUAAUUUGGCUCUACUUUCCAGUGGGUGAAAAUUAUUUUGUGCUGAAAGUUGUCUAGUAAUGUAUCAAACUGUUAUUGUGAACUUAGACUUAAUACGCUGGCACAAGUAAUGACUUACAAAUCAAGAUAACACAAUAUAUGUACUACUGUAAUUCUUCAGCCGUAUGAUAUGUUUGCAAGAUGUUCAUUCAGCCGCAUUCAGAGGGCAUUGUCAUGUUUCCAUUACUGGAUCCUCAUCAAAUUACACUUUUUGCGAAACAGUGAAAUUGGCCACCACAAGCAAUACAAUUUUGUUUACAAGGGUAAAAUGCAUAAAUAUUGCUGAAAGUUGCUCUUUUAUGUGUAGAAAGGUUGGGGAAUUUGAUAGAUUUCUCAGUGAAUUGAAGGUAUACUGUAUCAAUGUCAUCUGUCCCAGCUGGAGAUAAACUAAAGUGGUGAUGGUUAGCUUGAGUAAUGGCCUAACCAGCGGGCUUGUGUUUCUUGAAAUUUAAGUUCUUAUAAGUGGGUUGGUGUGGGUUUAAAUUAAAUUUUACUGGGAAAUCCUCUUCCCAGAAACUCUUCAAUAUAACAUCAGCAACAUAUUUAUUUAUGUAUUUAUUUAUAUGUUCUCAAGAAUAAGAAGCAACAGUGUACAGCUGUAUGUAACAUAAAAUUUAUACCUGGGAAAGUCUUCCAGCAACCUGUGGAUGGUUGUGGGUUUCCCUGGGCUCUGCCCAGUUUCCUCACACAUAAUAUUAAGGUAUUUUUAUGAAAAGUUGGUUUUUUAUGUCUUAAUAAGCAGUGUAAGAAAAUGUCUGUGCCGGGACAAAGCUUUACAUGUUUAUAUAUUAUGAGAACUCCACAAGACAGAGAUAAAUACGGAAAAAUCUUUGCCUCUUCAGAAACAUCUGUGCAAAUUACAUGUUCUCUUCCUUCUGUGCGACAGUGAAGGCAAGCAUACUGCACCCUGUACAGGCUCACCCCAAAGAAGCCUAUUCAGAGUGUUGUCAGACUUGAUGAUCUAUGUGCAUGUAAUAUAAUCCUCUUCAUCCAAGUAUUAUUAUUGUGAACAUGGAUGCUUAUGUGAUGUAAUCAUGGAUGUUCAUGUAUUGUAAUCAUGGAUGUUCAUGUAUUGUAAUCCUCUUCGUUUCUGUAUUAGGAUUCUGUUAAUUUCUGUAUUGUGAUCAUGUAUGUUCAUGUGUUGUAGUCAUGGAUAUUCAUGUGUUGUAAUCAAGGAUGUCCAUGUGUUGUUAUCAUGUAUGUUCAUGUGAUGUAAUCAUGGAUGUUCAUGCAUUGUAAUCAGGGAUGUUCAUGUGUUGUAAUCAUGGAUGUUCAUGCAUUGUAAUCAGGGAUGUUCAUGUGUUGUAAUCAGGGAUGUUCAUGUAUUGUAAUCAUGGAUGUUCAUGUAUUGUAAUCAUGGAUGUUCAUUUAUUGUAAUCAUGGAUGUUCAUGUAUGGUAAUCCUCUUCAUUUCUGUAUUGGGAUUCUGUUAAUUUCUGUAUUGUAAUCAUGCAUGUUCAUGUAUUGCAAUCAUGGAUGCUCAUGUAUUGUAAUCAUAUGGUCUCUCUUUUUGAUAUGUUCGCCAAGGCUAGUGUCCACAGAAAGGCAGAAGGGUAUUUGUUGUUAUUUUAUGAUGUCGUUAAGAGUAAGGACUGGAUUAUGUGGGAUUGUUCUGAUCAUGUAACAUGACAUUAAAUUUGAGCAUAGAAAUGUAAAGAAAACAAAAAGAAGAACAAAAUUUAAAAAAAAAAACAUAGAUAUACAUAGGCCUAGCUCAUAUUUGCUUGAAACACAAAGGAAAAUACACAUGAUUAUUUUCAUGGAUAUAUUAAGUUGUAAAAUAAUAUUUUUGGCAAACAAUUGCAUUAUGUUUGCAUCGUGUGGGAUGGGGAGUUGAGGGAUGUUUUGUAUAUACAUGUACGUGAUUUAUACAUUUCCUGAUUUUCCCGGCUCUCACAUGAUCAUGGGACGUGAAUACAGAGCAGUUGUAGAGGAAUUUCCUUCCCCAAAGAUGACUGUGAAUUUUGUGUGGGAAUGAAAGCUGAUUUGCACAUUCACGCUAACUAGUGGCCAUCCACCGGAUAUGUACAAAGAAAAUAUGAAACCAUAUCAACUGUGCAAACUUGUUUGAGUAUGAAGAAUUGCUUGGCUGUUUCUGAACUUUUUUAUUAGAUCCUGCAUCUGUGAGAUAUAUAUAUAUAUGACCUAAGUAGAUAUUACUUGUAUGAAAUACUCUUAAAUGCAUACUGUUAUACACACAAACAGAAGUUGAAGAAAUAAACAAAAAUUAUAAA